CACACACACACGUGUACACACACACACACACACGCACACAGAGAGAGAGAGAGAGAGAGAGAGAGAGAGAGAGAGAGAGAGAGAGAGAGAGAGAGAGAGAGAGAGAGACACGUGGCGAGGUAAUGGCGCUUCGACUACGAGUGGCGGCAAGGUGUUUGAUAGGACAACGACUUCGGACUGGCACGGCAAGCGGAGGGGAUGCUCUUCGAUGUGCGUCGACGUGGCGUUCAAUCAACGUGGCUACGACGACCUCAGCGUCGAUUAUCGCACGGUCACCAUUUAAUCUUGAUGCUCGACUGAAUGAGCGAAAAGGACCGGCAAGAGGUGACAUCCGGCGAUCUUUGAUCCUUUUGUGUAUCGUCGGUGCAGAGCGAAAAGGACCGAUUUCGUUACGACAGUUUUCAUCUCCCGUUUCGCCUGUGGGGGGGUUCCGAAUUGGCUUAAGCGGAGAGGAUGAGGUUGCUCUUCGGCAGCGACUGCGAAUGCGUGCGAUGGCCAUGUUAGAUGGGCUUUCUAUGUCACCGGACGAACGUGGCAUGAAUGGUCUCAUGACAUCUCUUGCUCGUCACGACAGACGUGGCCAUGGCAGUCCCGGUCCCUCCACAGUCAGUUCUGUGGAUAAUGAGACGGUGGGGUGCCGUUCGUCAACGUCCCCUACAGCACUGUCGGCGAUUCGGCACGCGAGUUUCCCACUGUCACCGGAGCCGAUCCCUCCUGAUGGUUCACCGCAGCCGCUUAGAGCACGAACCGGGUCACCGGAGUACAUCAUCAACCGCAUCAUUCGGGACAAUGAAGCCGGUGUCCCACCGGUGGAGUGGCCAACGAGGAUGGCGCUUGAAGGCGAUGCAGUUGCAGAUCCGACGGCCGCAGGGCGCACCCCUCCCCCACGUGUGCCGUUUGAAGGUCACCCCGUCUCCGGUCGCUGCGCCGUCCACCUCGCAGCACACUCCAUGCAGUGUGGAGAACUUGGCGGGCAUGUCCACGACACGGCCAUCCGAAGGCCCCCCAACACGACCACCGUCAACGGAGAAGAAUACGGAUCAGUGACGGAUCAGUGGGGGGAGACCGAGACUGAGUGGUUGUGCCGGUUCAGGAAUGAAGUGAAGAGUCUUAUGGGGGAAGAGACAGAGCCGUUGGGUCGCGCGAGGCUGAAAACAGGUUUCUGGAAGGAUGUGGAGCAGCGCAUGAAGGGGAAGGGCUUCAACCGUAACGCUGAUCAGUGCAAGAACAAGUUCAACACACUCCUUGACUACUACCGAAGUCAUGGCUCUUGGUGGCGAGGGGCAUCCCGUCAAGCGCACGACUGUGGCUGUCAGCUAUUCAGGACAACCUUGGGGCCAGCUCUAGCCUUGAAUCUGAACUUGCACAGCAAUCGGUGUCUACAUUCGAGACGACAAACACCACGUCGGAAGGCAGGAGUUCAUGGGGCAGUCGAACCUAUCCAGGUGAGGGAUGGUGAUGAUGUGAAGGACGACGUUGAAGCCGAGGGCAACGAGGAAUGGGCUGGUGAGUUUGGUGAUGAUGACGUUGUUGUGGAUUAUGAGAACGAUGAUGGGGAGGAAGAGGGUAUUGUUUCUUCCUUGGAUGGAGGAUCAAGGGGGAAGAGGACAGCGGAUGAUGGAAUCGGGGAGGAGGAGGAGGAGGAGGAGGAGGAGGAUUGGGAUGAAGAAUGGAGUGCGAUGGGGGACGAGUGUCUGGGAGGAAUCGAUCUCGGCGACAGUGGAGAGCUAGGAAAAACAGCUCUCGCUGUUGCGGAGGGUAUUCUGCAAGAUCACCCUGGCUUUAGCAGUGACUUUUCGCUUUACGGCUUACAGGUCGCCGAGAGGUCAUCGUCAGCCAACAUCCGGGUCGCUCUCGACAAGCUAUCGGAUGUUUACGGGGCGCCAACCUGCGAGGAAAUGGAAGUGUACUUGGUGCUCUACUGGCAGAAACUGAAGGAUGAGGUUAGACUUCUGAGGACAAGUGCGAGGGGCGCGAGACGUGAAGGGCCCUUCAGUCAGUAUCCCGACCCCGACGACAUUCACGUGGAGGUAACGUCGCCGGGGGUGGAACGAGAGGUCAAGGUACCCUCAGAGCUCCUUAGGUUCAAGGAAUUACCAAUGACUGUAGUCUACCGAGAGAGGACCGUGCGCAGCGGCGAUGGUAUGGGGGUUGAGAACGGAGAGACCAGCCAUAAGAAAACAGCAGGCGGCGAUAGCGUGGAUCAGAAUAGGGAAGCAGCUACGGAGGUAGAGGAUGAGGCAAAGGGUAGGGAGGAGGGAGUAGUACCUGUUAUGACAGAGUGGGUAGAUGAAGGAAUAGAGAGGGAAGAGGUUCUUUCCUUUGUCGAGCACGAUGAGGUAUCAGGUACGACCAUCUGGCAGGUUGCUGACGUCAGAUUGAAUAGAGAAGCAGGCGGUAGGAAAGGUACAAAGCUGACUAGAAAGCAGAGAGAUAGAAGGAUAGUCAUCCCGUUAGGCGAUUUGUCCUUUGUUCGGUUGUACCUGGACUUUUGAAUUUUAAUUCUUGUGCAGAUGUGUAUGCCACUUCCAGUCACAACAACUUUAUUGAAGUUCAGGGCCUCGCUCCACUGCUCACCACAUGCACAAAGGACAAAAUACGGUGGUGUAUCUUUCCAUGUUCCAGCGGAAUAUUCAUUUUCAUUUUGCACAUUUGGUGAG